AUGGAUGACAACGUUCUGGUGGCCCCUGAUGUGCUGCCUCUGGAUGUUAAAUCGUUUAACUUGCUUUCCGAUAAAGAGAAACGGUACGUGUACGCUCUUGACGAGGUUGCUUGGAUUGGGGCAUUGAUCGAUCUAAUCCAAUUGUCGCCAGAGGCCGCUGGGAUAUUCUUGCUAUCACAGUACCUUUUCCAAAAGCAGACUGUUUCAGAGAUUUGUGAUUUAGCGAAAUCUAAUGAUAUUCAAGCCGAAGAUAUCGACGCUUUCAUUGCUUAUUUCGCGUCGAUUUACGGCAAUUUAGGAAAUUACUUGUCCUUCGGCGACACGAAAUUCAUUCCUGCUGUUGAUCGUGAAGUUUUUACCAGCAUAAUCGAACUUACAGAUGCUUACAGGUCUUCUGAGACGGCCAGAGACAUUUUUGGGCGUGUGAUUGACAGUAUCUAUUCAACUCAUCCAAGACGUCUGCGUUUGGCAUUUCCUCCAGAAGGCACGACAGCAUACUAUUCAGCAAACUGCACUCGUGAAGAUGCUGAACUUGUCCAGUCUUUCCUAAAUUCAAGAAAAGUAGAAGCUUACAACACUCGCUUGUUUAAAAGUUUUGAGAAGGACGCCAAUGGACGGGACAAUUACGUACUGCUGGUUGCGUCGGCUGAAGUCAAAGAGGAGGAAAUUGAAAACUCUGGCUUACCGCAGUCUUCGACGCUCAAAAUACAGUACGGCGACUAUAAUGAGCUUAUGCAAUUAAUUGUGUCGGGUAUUACUGCGGUUAAAGCAGCUGCUCUUAAUGAGGAUCAAAAGAAAAUGUGGAGUGAAUAUCAGCGUAGUUUUCAAACUGGCUCUAUUGAAGCACACAAAGCUGGAUCAAGGUACUGGGUAGCCGACAAACAACCGGCUGUAGAAAGCUAUAUCGGUUUCAUUGAAAGUUACCGGGAUCCGUAUGGCGUUCGGGGAGAGUUUGAAACCUUUGUCGCUGUUGUCGACAAGGAAGUGUCAGCGAAAUUUCAAAAUCUCGUUAAUUGCGCCUCGUCAUUUCUGUCCCUGUUACCUUGGCCUUCCAGUUAUGAGAAAGACGUAUUUUUAGAGCCCGACUUCACGAGUUUGGACAUUAUGUCAUUUGGUGUCUCUGGAUUGCCGGUUGGCAUCAAUAUUCCAAAUUACGAUGAUAUUCGGCAGAAUGUCGGUUUCAAAAAUGUCUCUCUCGGAAAUGUACUAAAAGCACGUUUCCAGGAUCCAACAGCCACCUUCCUCUGUGAAAAGGACAAGCAGUGCUAUCUGACAAACGUCGGUCAGGCGUUUGAAAUACAAGUUGGCCUUCAUGAGCUCCUAGGUCAUGGCUCAGGUAAACUCUUCAGACGCCAAGAUGAUGGUUCCUUCAAUUUUCGCAGCUCCGUCCGAGAUUUGUUAACCGGUGGUGACCUAACAUACUGGUACGAACCGGGUGAGACAUGGGAUUCCAAAUUUUCCAGCCUUGCCUCGCCCUUCGAAGAGUGUCGGGCGGAGUGCGUAGGCAUAUACCUGUGUGACGUUGCCGAUGUUUUCAAGAUCUUCGAUCCAGAGAACAAGUACAUCUCUGAGGAUGUCAUUUAUAUCAACUGGCUCUCGAUGGUUCGCUCCGGACUCAUGAGUUUGGAAUUCUUUACACCCCCAACCAGCAGCGGCGAUUCGGGUGCUUGGCGUCAGGCUCACUGUCAGGCUCAGUUUGCCAUUCUCAAGGUGGGUAAAAACUUUACGCUCGUUCAUUACGAAAUGGUUAGGGGUGCAGACAAGAAACCCGAUCUGCGUAUUCACCUGGAUAGGAGCAAGCUACAGUCAGUAGCCAAACCAGCAGUGGGAGAGUUUAUGCGGAAGUUACAGUACUACAAGAGUACCGGCAACGUGAAGGACGGAUCGACCUUCUUCCUAAGCUACUGCGCUCCUACUAGGGAACACAUGGAAUGGCGCACAAUCGUGCUCGCCCGCAAGAAGCCGCGACCCUUCUACGUGCAGCCAGUGACUUUUGAAAAUUCGAACAAGACCAUUACGCUUAAAAAUUAUCCCGGCAGCAAUGAGGGCAUAAUUCAGUCGUUUGUCGACCGGUACUCUAGUCACCGUAAAUUUGGUUUAGCUGCGCUGAAGGCCCUCAAGGCUGUGUGGGAUCGCGACUACGCCCAUUUCUAUCCGCCGGCUGUGGAGUAA